AGUUAAAAAAAAUCAAACAGGUGAUGUUAAUUUUAAUAAUUUUAUUUAACCCAAUAUAUCUGAAAUAUUAUCAUUUCAACACAUAAUCAAUAUAAAAAUGUUGAGAUACUUUAUGAUUUGGAGCGGGGGGUACUAAGCCUUUGAAGUCUGGUGUGUGUUUAUAAUUACCCCACAUUUCAAUUCGGACUAGUCACAUUUCAAGUGCUCAAUAGCCACAUGUACCAGUGACUAUGGUGUCAAGCAAUGUAAAUCUAUAGGCUGUAUCAAUGGUUCUAAUCCAGGCAGCCCAAUAGAACCACCUGUGGAGUUUAUAAAAAAAAUUACUAAUACCUUCCCUGUCCUGUCCAUUUUGACUUAACUUGGUUUGGGGUGGGGGCCUGGGCCUCUAUAUUUUUUAAAAGCUCCAGAAAUGCUUCUAAAGUUUAGCCAGGGUUGAGAAUUGCAAUUCUAACUGAUCACUAAGGAAUCUUCUACUCUAAUAUUCCAUGAUUCUAUUUAAGGAAAGGGAUUGCAGUAAAGCAUUCAGAGUUCAAAGGGCAGCAAGGCGGUUAUUAUUAGUGUGCUGCACUCCACAAAACAUGUUUAAGAAAAUGUAAUUAAUACAAAUUAAAACGUGCAGACUAAAUAUUUUAGAAGAUAAUUCUUUGUACCACAGAUGAGCUCGGUUUUGUGUAAGUUUCAGAUAUGGAUUGCUUGCGUCCUGAGAAAUCUUAACUUAGGAUUUGGUUUGCAUGCAGACUCUCAGAAGCCCUCCGUUUUGGAAAAGGUCAAGAUCACCACAUUUCAGUUAUUUUGCGAGCUUACUUCUUUGCCCCAGAUACUACUUGCCUUUAGCUGGUUUUGGAGGGAUGCUUUGACUCUAUUUGAGACAUCUGGAUCCCCUUGUGUUUCUUCCCUCUAAGCUUUUAAAAAGCUUCGUGUCAGACCAAACUUGCUCUCUGCUCAUGUCAAGAUGUUAGUUGUAACCCCCCAGACUUAAAGUGUGCCUUCCCCUUGUCAUCCUUUAAAUACUAGAGAAUCAAUAUUUCUCAGUACACACUAGAAUGUUUUCCUUUCAUAAUUUUUUGAACAAUAUACCAGCUUGCGCAUUCAGUAAAUGACGCGAAGAACCCCAAAAUAAAAAAUAAUAAUUUCCAAACUCCUCACCCAUCUUCUUUUGAAGUCAACAAACAGCAUUGUUUGCGGAGGAGAGGAGAGACCUCAGGGACGGUCCCUUGUGACUUCAUGCUGCCGAGAGCCUCUGCAUUCCCACAUUCAUUUAUGAGGAAUCCAAGAUGAAUUUGGAGCAGGAGAGGCCAUUUGUCUGCAGUGCCCCAGGCUGCUCCCAGCGCUUCCCAACAGAGGACCAUCUGAUGAUUCAUAGGCACAAGCAUGAAAUGACUUUGAAGUUUCCCUCAAUAAAAACAGACAAUAUGUUAUCAGAUCAGACUCCAACCCCAACGAGAUUCCUGAAGAACUGCGAGGAGGUGGGGCUCUUCAAUGAGCUGGACUGCUCCCUCGAGCAUGAGUUCAGGAAGGCUCAGGAGGAGGAGAGCAGCAAGCGGAAUAUCUCGAUGCAUAACACCGUUGGUGGGGCCAUGGUGGGGCCUGGAGCUCACCAGCUUGGCAGCACCCGGAUGCCCAACCAUGACACCAGCGUUGUGAUUCAGCAAGCCAUGCCGUCACCCCAGUCCAGCUCUGUCAUCACACAGGCACCUUCCACCAACCGCCAGAUCGGGCCUGUCCCAGGCUCUCUAUCUUCUCUGCUCCAUCUUCACAACAGACAGAGACAGCCCAUGCCAGCCUCCAUGCCAGGGACCCUGCCCAACCCUACAAUGCCGGGCUCUUCCGCCGUCUUGAUGCCAAUGGAGAGACAAAUGUCAGUGAACUCCAACCUCCUGGGAAUGCAAGGUCCAAAUCUCAGCAACCCCUGUGCUUCUCCCCAAGUCCAGCCAAUGCAUUCAGAAGCCAAAAUGAGGUUGAAGGCUGCGUUGACUCACCACCCUGCUGCCAUGUCAAAUGGGAAUAUGAACACCAUGGGACACAUGAUGGAAAUGAUGGGGUCCCGUCAGGACCAGACGCCACACCAUCACAUGCACUCACACCCACAUCAGCACCAGACACUGCCAGCCCAUCACCCCUACCCGCACCAGCACCAGCACCCAGCACACCAUCCUCAUCCUCAGCCCCAUCACCAGCAGAACCACCCACAUCAUCACUCCCACUCCCACCUUCAUGCACACCCGGCACAUCACCAGACCUCGCCACACCCACCCCUGCACUCCGGCAACCAAGCACAGCAGGUUUCACCAGCGACACAACAGAUGCAGCCCACCCAGACAAUACAGCCGCCUCAGCCCACAGGGGGCCGCCGGCGAAGGGUGGUGGAUGAGGAUCCUGACGAGAGGCGGCGGAAAUUUCUGGAACGGAACCGGGCAGCCGCCACCCGCUGCAGACAGAAGAGGAAGGUCUGGGUGAUGUCACUGGAAAAGAAAGCAGAAGAGCUCACCCAGACAAACAUGCAACUUCAGAAUGAAGUGUCCAUGUUGAAAAACGAGGUGGCACAGCUGAAACAGCUGUUGUUAACGCAUAAAGACUGCCCCAUAACAGCCAUGCAGAAAGAAUCACAAGGAUAUCUAAGUCCAGAGAGUAGCCCUCCUGCAAGCCCCGUCCCCACGUGCUCUCAGCAGCAGGUCAUCCAGCAUAACACCAUCACCACUUCCUCGGCCGUCAGCGAGGUGGUAGGAAGCUCCACCCUCAGUCAGCUCACCACUCACAGAACAGACCUGAAUCCGAUUCUCUAAAAGCCGAGGGUCAGACCUUGCCUCCAAGGAGAGCUGUCGCAUAUCCUGCGUCCUUUCUUUUAAGGGCAUUUUUAGAAUUAACUCAGACCUGGAAGACUCCUCAGCCCUUCAAAGACUGGCUUUCAUUUUUAUAGUUAUUAUGGAAAUGUUGUCUUUUAUACUUAGUUAUAUAAGCAAAAAAGGGAGUUAUGCAAUUAAUAAUCUGUCAGCUUGGGAAAUGCUUUGGUGCUUUUCUCCAAUUUUCUGGUACCAGUUACUUGUUUAUAAACUGAACUCUUUCUGUAUAUAGUCAUGGUUUCAUUCUUAUCAGUCCAACCCUUUGCCUGAAACGUUGAAUCUUGUUAAGCCACAGCUUUUAGCCAAAAUGAGGCAUACCUAGAUGUCCAGUAUACAGUCUGAAAGGCAACUGGGGGAGAAGUCUGAUGAUGUCAUAGCUUAUGUUGAGUUGGUGCUAUGAUGUCACCAGAAUCCCAGAUAAAUGGAGAGCCUUUUCCACAACACUGUUUCUCUUACUAUAAAAAAAAGUAUAAGCUCCAUUGAUGUCCAAAUAAAAUCAGCAAGCAUCUCACCACCUCUCCUCCUACUCUUGGUCCACUUCCUUGAAUGCCCAAUUUUCCUUUCCAUUUCCACUUUUACCUGGGCUCCCUAUUGACUCUUUAUUUUUACUUUCUUCUGUUUUAUUUUUUCCCCCUUUAGCGUUGCAUGUAAAGAAGAAAAUAAUGUUUAAAGGAAAAAAAAAAAAGCUAAUGUGGACCUAGCCACGGCUUCCCUUGCCCCCGACCCAUUCAACUCUUGCUUUUUACAAAAGAGUAACCGGGAGAUGUUUAAUGUGCCUGGUUUAAUGUUUUUAAUAAUCAGAGCAAAUAAAAGGUGGCGUAGCCGUAGGUGAAGCACUGUUGAAUGCCAGCUGUGGAGACACUAGGGAAGGGAGCUUUAUAAGCCUCAACUGUGAAAGUCCAAAUUAUGAUGCAGGGCUAGAACAUCAUACCCUCGAAUUACAACUGGUUUUAUAUGGCUUGUCUAUAAUAUUGAAAAUCCAUGUACUACAUAAUAAUUCAGAAGGGCUCUAUUCACUACACAGAUUACAUUGUUCAAUCAUUAGCUGCUAAUAGCCUAAG